GAAGUCGACACAUCGUUACUAUCUUUAUGAGAAGACGCACGUAUUUGUUAGCACUCUCUAGCGUCAAGUUACCGUAAAUCACACUAACACACACAUUAAGAGAAGAUAACCCAAAGUUAGUAAUAUUACAACGUUACAGAAGUGAUAUUCGUCUCGAGUUAAGAGCAGAGUCGCAGACACCCACUUCGCCCCCCACCGCCACCACAGAUACUUCCAAUCGUGUACAAACCAUCUGGCGAGUCUUCCGCAGCCGCUCGCUCCAACAUGGCCAAGUGCAGUGAUCUGAAGAUGUUCCUGGAGUCAUCUCUGAAUGAGAUCUUUAAGGCCACAGUGAGUGACAUCCUGGACUCAGUGGACCGGACCCUGUCCGAGUACCAGGGCACAAUUCAGAGGAUCGAGUCCGAAAACGAGGGCCUGAAGCGGCUGCUGUUUGCACAGAAGAGCCCCGAGUCUGCUGCAGGAGAUAUUUGUGAAGAAGAUGCCACAGAAAAUCUUUCGACUUCAGAAUUGAACAAUUGUUCCAUCAUCUCAACUCAGGGCACAUUCAAGAUGUCCAUAUGCAGCAGUGACAAGAAGAGCUUUAGGAGGAGGCAUAAAGACAAGCUGAGGGAAAGUAUACCCUCCUCAUUUUUACUGCAGACUGAUCAAAUGGUAGAAAGGCCAUGUGUGAACACAGGAAUGGUAUGCAUGUCCACCCAAGUCUUGGGUGGACACGCAUACCAUUCUGUAAAAGCAGAGCCAGACCUGGACGAAAGCGGUGCUAUUGACCUCUCCCAGCCUUCGUCACUUCCCAAUCUGACAAUGAGGCCAGUAAAAAAUGAGAGCUCAGAGGUCAGUUUUCACAGUCAUGAUGCAUAUGCACCUCUUCCGCCAACUACAGACCUCAAAGAAGAAUCCAGAGGCAGCGACGGUGAAAUUAAAGUCACCGUUGUUUCUGACACUUACAUGCCGGAUAGACAGUUCAUUAAGACGGAGGAAGAGGAGCAGAAUGGGGUGUCGCAAUACGGUGACAAUGACUCUCAGCAAGAGUCGAAGCGUGCGUUGAGAUGUUACCCAGAAUCAGAAGCGGACCCCGAGGCAGCAAGCAGACAGGUCGUGGUGCCAGAAGUCGUGGUGCCAGAAGUAGUGGCGCGUGAGGGAAACGCUGCUGUUCCCACAGAUCCGUUUUUGGGGAUUCGCGACAACUUUUUGCGCUGCCCCACCUGUCCCAAAACGUUUAGUCGAGCAGCCUCGCUCAACAUCCACAUCAAGACGCACAGCGGUGAAAAGGCUCACGGCUGCAGCUACUGUGGCAAACGCUUUGGCCGGGCCGAUCUCCUCAAGUCCCACAAGCGCACCCACACAGGAGAGCGACCCUACAUCUGCAACCUCUGCAGUAAAACAUACGCCCAUCCCAGUCAGCUCCGGAUACACAAACGCGUCCACACUGGAGAAAAGCCGUACUCCUGCUCGCACUGUGGGAAGCGCUUCAAUGAGCACAACCAGCUCAAAGUUCACCUGCGGACUCACACGGGGGAGAGGCCUUACAGCUGCCAAGAGUGUAGCAAAACCUUCAGCAAUGCGAGCAACCUGCGCAUACACGAGAGGAUCCACACCGGGGAGAAGCCGUACUGCUGCUCUCAGUGUGGGAAAAGGUUCAACGGCUUGGGUGACCUCAAAACACACUACAGGAUUCACACGGGAGAGAGGCCCUACAGCUGUGAGCUAUGUCAGAAGACCUUCAGCCAGACGGGCCACCUCACCAUACACAUGCGGAUGCACACGGGAGAAAGGCCGUACAGCUGCAACGAGUGCGGCAAGAAGUUCACGGUGGCCAGCAGCCUUAAAUUGCACCAGAGGACUCACACGGGGGAGAAGGAGUACAGCUGCUCGUACUGCAGCAAGAGCUUCAGCAGGUCGGGUCACCUGAAGAGACACGAACUGGUCCACACCAAAGAGACGGUCUUCCUCUGCAGCCAGUGUGGGAAGACCUACACCGACCAGUCCUCCCUUAAGAAGCACCUGAAGAUGCACGCGGCCAAGGAGCAGAAGGCUCAUAGCGAGGGAAGCACCAGCGAGGCGGAAACGAGCCGACCUUCAGCCUCGGAGACUCUUUCGGACACUGAUGGAAGUUAGAACCGAGUUCUAAGAAGACGAGUGAUAUACGAGUGAGUGCUUUGUGUGAUUUUUACAAAAUCAUCUUCAAUCAAGGUCAACUUCCUAGCCUUUUCAGACGUGCAUCUCACAGCUGACAUCAGCGGGGUAUUAUAAACUGUUGUGCAGUAUUUUGGUGUCUAAUAAGCAUUUUAGCGCUUCGAUCUGUUCCUCAAACUGGACUUCGUGCAUCGUAUAUAUUUAAACACACUAGUACCAACACAGACCCCCCUGCACUUUCUUUAAUGCAGAGCUGCUGUUGGGUGCUGGGGUUGAAAACCCUCCAGAAAAAGCUGUUAAGUGUAGCUUGAAUUAAGAUUAUUUUAUUAUACUGCUGUUACAGAGGAAAAUUGUGCUGUCACGCUCAAAACUGUUUUUCUGUGGUAGAGGGCGAUACACUGUUAUCUUAUCUUUGCUGUGAUAUAGUAGAUCCAAAUACUGAGCCAUCUUGUAGUCUCCUCUCUCACAACACUGUGCACAGAGACAGAAGACAGGAACUAAAAGAACUGUUAUGUCACCAACAUGUUGGUGAUAUAUGUUAUUCAGAGCAAUGACGAUGAAUGAUUGAACCACCCUGCUGAAACUAGACACUGAAUCCCAGGUCCAGGUUUUUAUUGUGGUCCUGACCUUUGAAAACCAGUCCUGCCUCUCAGUAAAAAAACAAACAAUAUAAUUGUUUUAGAAUUAAAAUGUGAUGCUGCUUCUACACCAAUGUAUACACGUUGUAGUAGCCAGAGGGUUAGAAAAUAUUUCUACCGGAUGAUUAGAAAUUCUUAAUAAAUUGCUGUAUAUAGCUUUAACUAUUAGUCAGCAGUCGGAUCCGUUGAGCUGACACGAAUGUAUUUAUAUAAUAGCGUUACUGAAGUUAAUGUUACUUCAAAUGUUCUGUAUCGAUUCAGCAGCUUUCAAUAUUAAAUUAAUAAUUGUUUUGUAAGUCAUGUUAUCAAAGAAAGUCUAGAGGAUUUGUUUUAGGUUUUCACUGUUCUACCAGGAAAUGCAUCUCUCACCGUGAAUUAUUUGCAACUGACUCACACACACAGGAGUAAAAUGUCAUGUUUAUGAUAGGGCUACUGUUUGUUGUGGCAACUCGUUGAUAUACCGGCACAGCAAUGUAUAUUGAGUGUUUGCUACUAGUUUAUUGUGACUUACUUUUGUGAGAUCUGUAACUAAAUUAAAGAGAAAAGUUAACCAAAUGA